CACUGUUUGUACAUGUGCCGGGUCGCCAGAAAACUUCAGAUAAAAAAAUCGAAUCGAAGCGUCCAGAAAACAAAUUAAUUUUAUUUGCUACCAGUACAAAUAUUCUCUAUAAUGUCUGGCGAAGAAGGACAGUUUGACAAUAUCCUGCUGGCUGUGGCCGAAAAACACCGCGGUGGCGUGCCCGAGUUCCUAGGCACUUUGGCAAGUUUUCUGCGUCGCAAAACCGACUUCUUCACCGGCGCCAAACAGGCGGAAUGGGAGAAACUCCUACUGGACGUCUUCAACAAGGAGGCCAAGUUGGCCAUGAGCGCCCACAGCGAAAAGCUGAAGACUCGUGAGGCCGCCCAGCGUCAAAAGGAUGAAAAGGAGCGUGCCGAAAGAGAGGCACGCAAAAAGGAGAUCGACGAUAAUAAAAUAUGUGAUAUCACCGACGAGGAGGCAGCGGCCAUUAUCAAGGAGGAGGAGAACAAAAAACGACAGGAACUAUUGGCUGGCGCUGGUGGAGAGCCGGCAGCCUCGAAUCGCGAUGACAUAUCCAAGCCCAUCGAGAAAGUGGACGAUGAAACCGAAAAAGGCGAGCUGGGCAAGCUGAUACCCAAUUUGGGAAAUGGUUGCACCUUGGACAAGUACACCUGGACACAAACACUGCAGGAGGUGGAGCUCAAGAUUCCCUUCAACGUGACAUUCGCUCUGCGAGCCCGUGAUCUGGUGGUCAGUAUUGGAAAAAAGACACUGAAGGUGGGCAUCAAAGGUCAAGAGCCCAUCAUCGAUGGCGAGCUGUGCGCAGAGGUGAAGCAGGAGGAGUCCGUGUGGGUCUUGCAAGACAGCAAAACCGUGAUGAUCACCCUGGAUAAGAUCAACAAGAUGAACUGGUGGAGUCGCCUGGUCACAACCGAUCCGGAGAUAUCCACGCGCAAGAUCAAUCCGGAGUCGUCCAAGCUUUCGGAUCUGGAUGGAGAGACCCGCAGCAUGGUGGAGAAGAUGAUGUUCGAUCAGAGGCAGAAGGAGAUGGGUUUGCCCACCAGUGAGGAUCGCAAAAAGCAAGACAUACUCGAAAAAUUCAAGCAGCAGCAUCCAGAGAUGGACUUCUCCAAGUGCAAGUUCAACUAGUUCAACAUUCUUAACAUUCUCAACUCAAUCUGUACAACUUUCGCUUUCUCACUCUUUCACAUUUGAAAUGUGAAGUCUUCAUUUUUUCAACCACACAAUAAACUAAUGCAAACCAAAUAAAAACAAAUUGUUUAACGGACAACAGUUAAAACGAAAA